AAUAAAUAAAGAGAGAGCCAUCGAGACAAAGCCCAAGGUAAACCCUUAAAUCCCAACCCAAACCUUUGUGCCUUCCCUCAUCUACAGAGAGAGAGAACAAGAACAUUCUGAAGAGGUAACUAGAAGCGUUGGAACUGAGAGAGAAUCAGCUAUGGCGAGCGCAGACGUAGAGACCGUGGACUUCGAUUUUCAAGAAGACGAUCUCAUGGACGAGGAAGGAGCCGCCGACGCCGAGCCCUCGGCGUCCCCUAGGGCUCCACAACCCAAGCUCAAGUCCGCAAUCACCGGCGUCGGCGGUCCUAGUUCCUUGGAAGUCAUGUUUUCCCUUCUCUGUGGUGCGGAUAUAGCCUCAUGUAUCCAUCCUGAUUUUAAUUCUGCUAAAUCAAGAAUGAUAAUCUUGUUUUCCAGUUUACACACCGUUGAGGGAUGGAUUAUUCUGGUCACUGGGGUACAUGAGGAAGCCCAAGAGGAUCAUCUACAUAAUGCAUUUGGUGAAUUUGGAGAGAUAAAAAAUUUGCAUUUAAAUCUUGAUCGCCGCACUGGGUUUGUGAAGGGAUAUGCACUGAUUGAAUAUGAGAGUUUUGAAGAGGCACAAGCUGCGAUAUCUGGAAUGAAUGAAGCUGCAUUACUUACACAGAUUCUUAAUGUUGAUUGGGCCUUCAGCAAUGGAUCCUUCCUUGAUGGAUCCAGGAAGAAGACCACAAGACCUCUACGAGAACGUCGUUCGAGGAGUCCCCCUAGGAGGAGAUACUAAUGUGGCAUGCAUAUUUCUGUCGUGAGGGGGCUUGGAUUUUGAACAGUGGGUUGGAUAUUUUAUCAUUGAGUUACUAAAGAUUUGGGUUGAUGUGUAGAAUUCACCUAUUUUAUGGAUUCAUCUCAAUUUGGCCCGGAGCUCUCACCUUUUUUUCCCCUUAUUGUAUGCUUUCGAAGUGAUUUCCCAGUUUAGUCAUGGUUCUUAUUAACAUGAGUAU